UUUUGUGUUUGCAACAUUUUGCUGUUUAAAUGUAAAAUGUGUAUGUAUAUGCUUACCGGCCACGUUGCAUUAUAGGUUAUAAAAGAAUGUUGCUUUAACAAUUUAAAGAGGUUACAUGCUUUAAAAUAUGGCAAUGAAAUCAAGUGAUAGAUGGCUUGCACGCUUCUUUCAUUUAUUUCUGACAGGUCUGGUGUUACUCAUCAUGUUUUUAAAAGACACCACAUUAAAACAAGAUUUAUACAAUGGUCAUCUAUUUUAUGUGGCAUUUUAUUUGACUCUUGUAUCAGUUGGUACCGUAAUGUAUUUUGUGUGCAGUUUUAUGGACCCUGGAUUUGUAACGUACAAUACAAUAGACGCUGAAACUGGAGUUAUUUUUAAUUCCAAAGAGGAAGAGUCUCAAAUAUUGACAACGUCUCAUGACUUAGAAUCCACAGAGACUUGUUCCAUGUUAGAAAAAAGUGCAAGAAAUUUGCGUUUACGUAGAUGUGGCUUUUGUAACAUUAUACAACCACUAAGAGCGAAGCACUGCGAGGAGUGCAAACAUUGCGUACGGAGAUACGACCAUCAUUGUCCAUGGAUUGGCAACUGUGUAGGUGAACGCAAUCACAAGUUUUUCUUGUUCUUUCUUGGUGUUGAAACUUGUGUUGUGAGCUGGACUGUUUAUAUUACUGUUCACGCAUUCAAUCGGGAUUUGGAAUGGAGAAAAUGGUUCGAACACAAUUGGAUGUAUUUAAUUUUAACAAUAUUUCUUGCAGUCAUGUUGUUAGUAGUGGCAUUACUGUGGGCUUGUCACUCGUAUAUGAUGUUUACAGCUCAAACAACCUGGGAAUUUAUGUCACGACCAAGGAUAUCGUAUCUAAAGAAAUUCCCUACUGAUUAUAACCCGUUUGAUAAGGGCUAUAUUCGAAACAUGCUUAGUUUUUUGUGUUAUUUUAGAAUUCAAGAAUGGGAUGAUGUUUAUGAAGAAGACUAAAUUUUUUUUUAAUAUAUAAAAAAGUAUUUCAGAUAAAAUUUUAGGGUGUUUGACUGCUGUUUCGUCAGACCUUACAUGUAAAUUCCUUUUUUAUACUAGGUAAAAUUUUAAAUGUGUAUACCACCCGAUGGUCUUAUUAUUUUUACAGACAGAGAAAUGAAGAGUUUUAUGCAUUUUCCUCAAUGUUAAAAAGUUCUCGGCUAUAUAAUUUAAUUUAUAUUUGUUUAUUACUAUGUAAUAAUAUUUAGUCAAAUGUUUGUGUUUGAUAAAAGUGAGAAAUUUUUAUUUAUUUUAUAGUUUUAGUGAAAAAAGAGUUUUUACUUACUUGGUAUUAAUUAUUGCUGUUUGUUUGUUUUUAUUUAUUUCCACUCACAUGUAGAAUUGUAUGUUUUUUUUAUUUUUACUGAGCUAUUUCAUUGGUUUCACUAGAAAGAAAAAGCAUAUUGUAGGGUAAUAUAAAAAGUCACAUUUAUUAGCA